AGCAACACGAUGGCACGCCACAUAAUGGCCGUUUGCGUUGUGUGCCUACUGUGCGCCGAUCGUAUACCCUGCCAGGAGCAUGUCAUAAAUGAUUAUGUGGCGAAUGCUGCCGCAUAUCCGCCGCCACAUUUCGAAUAUCAACAGUUAAAUGCGCGCGUGCACGAGCGACGUGACGCUUUACGCUUCGGCGUGGACCCGCUGACUGCCAACACACGCAAACGUGCAGUUAACGAUGUUGCUGGUGAUGCUGAUGAACUUGACAUUGAAACAACGAGCCACAUACAUAGUAAUAAACCACAUCGAAGAAAACGCCAUGCUGGACAUGCGCACGGUGAGGAGUCGACGACGACCACCAGCACCUUGCAUCAACCUGAGAUCACAGCGGAAUUCCUGCAGCGCAUAUUUGUCGAGUAUGGACAUAGGGCUGAUGGCACAUUGACGGUGGACGAGUUUCAGCACAUACUGAAAAAGCUCGGCUUGAAUCAGCUGAUAGAUGGCGCAAGUGCAACACAACAACAAAAACAGCAGCAAGAACAAACCGCGCAACGUUUACAGCAUCCUGCGGCGGAGGCGUCCAGUAAUGGCACUUGUGUUAGCGACGCCGCACUAGUCUACCAUGUCCAGCCACAUAAAGUAAUUGAACACACACACCCGCAUGUCGAACGCGCCGUAAAUUGCAAUGAAUCCGAUGCAACGGAUUGUGCCCAGGCGCACCAACAUCAACCAAAGUUUAAAGUGUUACAUGAACACACGGCAAAUUAUACGAUUAGCAAAGAGGAUAUGCUGCAUCUGUGUCCAGUAUUGUUGUACCAAAUGGCUUCACCACUGGCUGGUGAUCGCGCCGGCUGCAUAGAUCCCUCGAUACUGGAGCAUGUUGAGGCAUACGAAGCGGGUGAAUAUGAAGCCAAGGAGGAUAUGGUUUAUGUCUGGGUAUACGCAUUUAUUUCCGUUUUCGCCUGUGGCAUUUUGGGACUUGUCGGCGUAGCAAUCAUACCCUUUAUGGAUUCGCGCUAUUACAAGUACAUUAUACAAUAUUUGGUGGCACUGGCUGUUGGCACCAUGACUGGUGAUGCUUUGUUGCAUUUACUGCCACAUUCUUUAGCUGGUCAGAGCGAGCAAAAUAUGAUACUUAAAGGUCUCGGCUGCAUGAGCGGCAUUGUUUUCUUCUAUAUGACCGAGCAUGGUCUCACAAUGAUCUCGGAGUGGCGCAAACGUAUAGCCAAAAGUGAUACAACACAGCAAUCGCGCGCCAAAGUCGUACGUGAUCCCGACUCUUCGGUUAACAACUCGGUUGCUGGCGAUAAACUUUGCAAAUCCAAGUACAGUUCAUAUCCUUAUUGCUACGAUGAGAUCGCUAUGGAUACAAAGAACGAUAUGCAUUUGCCAGGCUCAAAACUGAAUAAUAUAUCGGAUUUGUCGGGUGAACUGAUGGGCGUUAGUAAUAAUGUGGAGCGCAAGCGUAAUGGCAAAGCAGACGCCGAAGACAACGAUGCGGUCGCGCAAUCCCUAAUACCUGUGUGGCAUCACAAUCAUCAAGAUCAUCAGCAUGCACAGCCACAGCAUCAACACAUACACCUGCCCGACAGCAAUACGAUUUCAACCGAUUUAGAUGGCAAUUCAAUGAGUGGUGUUGGUGGUGGUGCUGGUGAUGGCCAUAGUCACGCUUUGGUCUACAAUCCGACGGUGGCUACCAAUGGCAAUGCCAAAGAACAUUCGUUAGUCAGCGAUUCCGUUCCAACUGUGAUAUUACGUGAGCACGAGUCAUCGCAUCACGGGCAUAGUCAUAAGCACGGACACGUACACUCGCCACCGGAAUCGUUAAGUGCUGUUGUCUGGAUGAUUAUCAUGGGUGAUGGCUUGCAUAACUUCACCGACGGCAUGGCAAUAGGCGCCGCUUUCGCUGAAAACAUUGCCGGCGGCUUCUCCACAUCGCUAGCUGUAUUUUGUCAUGAACUGCCACACGAACUGGGCGAUUUCGCAAUACUCAUCAAAGCGGGCAUGUCCAUCAAGACAGCAGUGUAUUACAAUUUAUUGACGAGCGUGCUCAGCUUUUUGGGCAUGAUAAUCGGUAUUAUUUUUGGACAAUCGCCAAAUGUAGCGCAAUGGAUGUUCGCUGUAGCCGCCGGGCUCUUCAUCUACAUAGCGCUUGUCGAUAUGAUGCCCGAAUUGUCGUCGGCACACAAGACACUGGAGCAAUUCUUAUUGCAAAUACUUGGCAUGUGCACUGGUGUUGCCAUAAUGCUGCUAAUUGCAUUAUACGAGGGUGAUCUCUUAAGCGUCUUCUCUUCGACUACAACGACAGGCACACACAAACAUUAGUGGCGUCUACUUAUAAUUGGCUGAAAGCAGAUAUCUAAUAGUAAAUAAAGAAUUAACCCACCAGCCACACUAAAAAUGCCUACACCAUUUGCUACUCCGCACAUUGAAUGCGAAGAGCGAAAUGAGAAAAGCUCUGCAACUGCGUUCGUUGACACAUAUUUAAGCUCGGCUCGCACGUAAAAUGUUGCGUGCACAUUAUAUUUCUUUAAAUGCCGCGUAUUCCUGCUGUACUGGGCGAUUGCUUAGUGCAUUUUUCGCAUAAAGCGAAGAAGAGUUUGAAUUGGAUUGAAAUGAAUUGUGUAGAUUUCUCGCACGAAAGUGAUUAUUAUGCUACGAGACUUUGUCGUACAUAAUAUAAAUGAAUCAUAUUUUAUUAUUAUUACUUUUUAUAGCUGAUAAUGUCAUCAAAGCAAGUGAAUAAUUGUAGUCUUAAGCGCAUGAGAAAGUCGUUGAGUAAAAUCAAUUGAAAUGUAAACUGUGGAAUUUAAUAUUUUUCUAUUUUUCUUCACGCUAUAACUAAGAUAUGCUAAAGCGAACAACAAAAAAAACAAACAAACAAACAAAAUUAUGGUGCUGCAUUAUUUAUGUAUGCAUAAUUAUAUAUAUAACUACACACAUGCAUCUAUAUAUAUGUAUAUGUGGGCAUAUACAAUUGUAGAUGUCAAUAGAUAUAUACUAUAUACUUAUGUAUUAUAUAUACAUACAUAUUUUUUUGGAUAUUGUUUUUUUCUAAGCGCAAAAUUUUGUAUUUGCAUUUGCACACGAAAUUAUUGCUAUCGUUGAAAUCACUUUUACACACACACUUACAUAUAUGUCUGUCCUAAGCGUUGUCAUUAGCUAUAAUGCAGGCGCGCAAUUGAAUUUGAAAGUUUUUUCAACUAUAAGCUGCAGCAUGAAAUUCACUAUUUCUUACAAUUUAUAUACUUUUUUAUACAACUACAAAGUAAUGCCUAUGGAAUGUUGUAAUAAGCUGAGCAGAGAAGAAAUAUACAAACCAAAAAAAAAUAAAUUACUUGUAGCCACUGCAUACAGUGCUAUAUUUAAGUGUAUACAUACAUGCUAUACACAUACUUACUUAUAUAUAGAUAUAUUUAAUGCAAACAUUAAUGUUAAUUGUAUUUUUUCAUAAGUUGAUAUGUACGACAACAACACAAUGUUAUACAACACUCAUAGUAUAUUAUACCGUAGUACACGCUGCCUAAGUUUAACACAUAUAUUAUAGUAAUAUAUAAAACACACCUAAAAAAUUAUUAACAUAACCCCACUUUUGUAGUAUGGGCGAGUGUAGUGUAAAUUGCAUUUUUUUUUACAAAAUUUCAAAACUGCUAUCAGCGUUGUGAAUGUUUUAUACAAAAGUUUUGUAUUUAUUUUCUUUUUUUUGUUUAGUGAGAAUAGCACGCACGCAUUUCUUAUAAAACUUCAUACACCACUUCAUAAUUACUUUAUUGUAGUAUAAAAAAUUUUUGUCAUAUUAAUUUUGUACUUAAUUCAUUUCUCAGUUCAUUGCUGAUUAAGUAUUUGUAAUAAUGUUAGUUAAGUUGGAAUUAUAAUUAGCCUAGAUGCGUAUAUAUUGCGACGUUAAUAUAUUUAAAGAGAACGAAAAACACACAAAAACAUUUUGGUAUACAAUCAAGCAAUAUGGCAGCUCACUUAGGCGUAAAAUAUUUAAUAAAAAUUAAUUAUAAUUUCCUAAUUUAGAGA